AUGAAGUCCAAUACCAACACAAACCCAGGCCCACAACCUGCUGGUCGUUGUGUUAUCAAACAAAGAGAGGAUGGGAUGUGUUGUGGACCUGCCGAAAGCAUAAUUCAGAUGAUGUUUCAAAUGGAAAUGGCAGUUCAGUAUCACCACAGCAGCUCAGGUCAAAGUCUAAUUGACUUGGCAGAAGUUUAUGCUGACUAUGAAAGAGAAACACACGACAAGCAGCCCAUUGCUAAAGUUGUUGGAAUUGUGGUGUUCAAACCUAGCGACAUUGUAGAUGGUCAUCACAAGAUCCUGUGGAACAAAAACGGUCGAACCUUUUACACAAAACACUGCGUCCACUUGGAACUUGAAGGUGAAAUAUUCGUCCGACAACCUGGCUAUUACAUGGUUUCCUCGAAGCUUAAUCUUCGUCGACGAAAUGAGACCCGCCCAUGGAAACAUGAAACCAGAGCAACGAUUUUCAGUCAUCAUGUUGAUCUUCUUUCACACAAAUAUGGAACGACUGGCGUCCUGAUGCAAACUGAAAAAUCAACUGAAGGAAAUGCUGGUUAUACUACAAGUUUUCUGUCAGCGGUUUUCAAGCUGAACAUAUAUGACAGGCUCUCUGUAUCUGUAUCCAAUCCUGAAUUGUUCGACAUUGACAAUUACAAUGAUCAUUUUCUGGUUUAUUACACCUAUGAUCUGCCAUACUGA